CUCGUCUCGGAGCGCCGCGGGCCCGAGGCUCUAACCUGCGGCGGCCGCGGGGGCGCCCGGGGAGCCCUCGCUCAGGGCCCCUCCCCCGCCGCGCGCCCCCACGUGACUUCCCGAAAGGCCGCGGGGCCCGUCCUUCCCGCUGCUCAGUUUCGUUUCCUCCGCGCCUCGGGUCGAGGGUGCAGGAGCCGCGGCGAGCGAAGCAGCACGUCCCGUGCCGUCUCCCCAGGAGCGCCAUGGCGGAGCUGGUCCCCCUAGCCGAUGAGCUGUCGUGCUCCAUCUGCCUGGAGCCCUUCAAGGUGCCGGUCACGACCCCGUGUGGCCACAACUUCUGCGCUUCGUGUCUGGACGAGACGUGGUCCGUCCAGGGCGCGCCGUUCAGGUGCCCGCAGUGCCGCGCGGUCUACCGGACGCGGCCGCAGCUGCAGAAGAACACCGUGCUGUGCGCCGUGGUGGAGCAGUUCCUGCAGGUCGAGCUGGCCCGCGAGGCGGUCCCCGACGGCGGGACGCCGCCCGCCCGCUUGGUGGAGCGCAGCCCGCCCAGCCCGGUGGCCUGCGACCACUGCCUGAAGGCCGCGGCGACCAAGACGUGCCUCGUGUGCAUGGCUUCCUUCUGCGAAGAGCACCUGCGGCCGCACCUCGACAGCCCCGUCUUCCGGGACCACCCGCUGCAGCCACCCAUCCGGGACCUGCUGCGGCGCAAGUGCCCCCAGCACAACCGGCUGCGGGACUUCUUUUGCCCCGAACACGGCGAGUGCAUCUGUCACAUCUGUCUGGUGGAACACAAAGGCUGCUCGCCCGCGCCCCUGAGCCAGGCCAGCGCCGACCUGGAGACCAAGCUGAAGAAUAAACUGUCCACCAUGUGCAGCCAGAUCAACGGUGCAUCCAGAGCGCUGGACGACGUGAGAGCCAGGCAGCAGGAUGUGCGGGAGGCUGCAAACAGGAAGCUGGAGCAGCUUAGACACGAGUACGUGGAAAUGAAGGCUGUCAUUGAUGCCUCAGAGGCCAACUCUUCACGAAAGAUAAAGGAAGAGGAGAAGAGGGUCAGCAGCAAGUUUGACGGCAUUUACCAGGUCCUCCUCAAGAAGAAGAGUGAGAUCCAGUCUCUGAAGGAGGAGAUUGAACUUGCCCUGGCUAAGGGGGAUGAGUUUGAUUUUCUGGAGAAAGCAUCAAAACUACAAGAAAUCUCAACAAAGUCGGUCUACAUCCCCAAGGUUGAGCUGAACCAUGAGCUGAUAAAGAGCAUCUAUCAGGACACCUUAGACCUCAAAAACGAGCUGAAGGGGCACAUCAGGAAGUCCCAGGAGAAGAAGCCUGAGGAGUUCACCAUCCCAGGUGACCCUGGAGAGUAUGUCCCACCAUCCACAAACAAAAUGUCACACCCUGGGAAGAAGGUCCCAAAAGUCGAAAAGAAACUCAAGAAGCCUUCCCCUGCCCCUCCCUCACCGAGCAAGGGUUUCACCUUUGGAGCACCGGAACAGUCAAUAGAUUUAAAAGCAACUGGCCCGGAGGCUACAGCCACAGCCACUGCGUCUCAGCAAGCCAAGGCCAAGGUGCUGGAGGCCUUCUUAGCCAAGUCCAGAUCUGAGCUCCUGGAGUAUGCCGUUAAAGUCAUCCUGGACUUCAACACUGCCCACAACAAGGUGGCCCUGUCGGAGAACUACACCACGGCUUCGGUGGCCGGCACCUCCCUGAACUACCGGCCACAUCCCCAGAGGUUCACGUACUGCUCCCAGGUGCUGGGCCUGUACUGCUACAAGAGAGGGGUCCACUACUGGGAAGUGGAUCUGCAGAACAACAACUUCUGCGGGGUGGGCGUCUGCUACGGCACCAUGGAACGCCAGGGCCCCGAGAGCCGGCUCGGCCGCAACAGCGCCUCCUGGUGCGUGGAGUGGUUCAACACCAAGAUCUCGGCCUGGCACAACAAUGUGGAGAAAGUCCUGCCCUCCACCAAGGCCACGCGGGUUGGUGUGCUUCUCAGCUGUGACCACGGCUUCGUCAUCUUCUUUGCCGUCAGUGACAAGAUCCAUCUGAUGUAUAAGUACAAGGUGGACUUUGCUGAAGCUCUGUACCCGGCCUUCUGGGUGUUCUCUGCUGGGGCCACGAUCUCCAUCCUCCCCCCCAAGUAGGGCAGCCCUGGGGUGCUCGGGCUAACGGCCUGGGGAGUGCCCAAGACUCCAGUGAGAAUGCUGGGCUUGCGGGAGGAAGUCUCCUUGGGCAACUUCUCUGGGAGCCCCAAGUAUUGCAAGGAUGGGAGGGGAGUUGGUGGAGGGGGAAGGGUGGGAAGAUGGAGUAAGGAGAGGGAUUUGGCCGGAGAAAGUGGUUGUAACUGUACUGUGGGUGGGAAAGCAUUUCUGCCUCCUGGGGCCCGUUGCCUCAGGGCAGGAUGGGCUCCUCCCACUUGUCCCCGUUAGUCACCAGGCAGCUAGGCAGCUGAGCAGGACCCUGGGAAAUCAAGUUACCAGUGCCCUUGCCCCUUGGAGAAGAGCUAUAGCCACUAUAGGUUAUUUCUGGGAUCAUUUGCUUUAAAGCCCCUUGCUGUUUGGGGUUGCUCAUUCCCAUGUUGCCUUCAGGUCUUGGUGUUUUAAUUAUACUAACAGGGCCAUUUAAAACUAUAGAUUUUUUUUUUUUUUUUUUUAAAGAUUCCACCGUCAUUGAAUUUGAAAUAGUCCCUCGGCCCAAUAUUGGGGUUGGGGUGAAUGCUUGUUCUCUUCUUCUGGUUAUUAUCUGUGCACAAGGCAAACCACCCACAGCAGGUCUCCCAGAGCUAGAGUUUCCCAUAGCAGGCUGUCCUGUGUUCCCGCUGGAAAACAGCCCUGCUUCCCUUCCUAAUCCUCAUCUCCCCAUUGAUGGUUUUAAAAUGUUCACUCAAACAGGAACCAUUUAUUCUAAGGCUUCAGGCUAUGAUCUGAAUGGGCCUGUUGAAUUUGUCUUUUUAUUCAAGGUCAAGGUGACCAAUGCCCAGGUUUGGAUGGCUACCCACCGCCCUUCCACCCCAAGUAUGUGCAAGUGUCUAGGUUACAGGGACAAGGAACACUGCUGGGUAAGAGGGAACUGUGCUUGUACCCUGCCCUGGGUGAACAAAUGCAUGGUGGUUUUGCUCUUACUAGAGUGUCUUUCCUCCUUACUGAUAAAUCUCCUCAACCUUAGCUCCUCCACCUGCCAGGUAGAGGUAUAGACACCAUGGGUCCUACUGUGGAUUGCCUAGUGUAGAUACUACAGUCAAGUGGGUACCUGAGCCCGAUAUUUGAAAUCUCCUGUCGUGCAGACAAGCCAUGUGUGGUCACCUGGUGGGGUGACUUCCCAUGGCCAGAGAGGCCUUACAAGCAGACGCCAGGGCAACAGCACUGUUCCUGCUCAGCCCGGCCACAGGUUGGCUGCAGGCCCAGUGCUGGGCCUCGCAUGGGGUCAGAGGCCUUCACUGGCCCCGUCCCCUUCUGCUGUCUUCCUCGUUUGAGCCAGUUCCAGAUGUGCAGAUUGGCCAAGCUGGAGGAAGCAAGCUCAAAGGUCAAAUGAGUGACCGUUUUCCCUGCAUUGAUUCUGUGCAGUGAAAAUAAGCCCUGACCAUUAGGAGGCAGGAGCAAAUGGAUUGCUGGAAUUUUCCUAAGCUCCUUAUAUCCUGAUAUUGUCAGGACGUUAGUUCCCAUCUCAAAAGUGGAAGAAAUUUAACCUCUUUUGGUGAAAUGAGUCCAGCUCUGGGCUUUUCUAAGACAGGAGCUCAGGUCAGGCUCCUUGUGGUAUGAAAAAAAGAGGUAACCAUUGGGGAAAGAAGGACCCCAAGACCUUUUCAUACUGAUAUUUAAGCAUGUCAGGCUUUGUGCUGGAAUUUUAGGCCACUCUAGCUAGGUUCAGAGCAUUUGGAAUUCCUGACAUGUGUCUGUGUGUGUCAUCUCCCAACGAGGACUUUGAAGCCUUUGGGAGAGAGAGCAUCUCAGCAGGGAAGACAUCCCUGCAAUAGCUGAUAUGUUUAAAAAGUUUUCUUCCCUUGUAAUGUGGAAGAAAAGUUCUUUGGUGAUUCUUCUCUGCUUUGGAAGAUGGUUUCUUCAUUAGUCUUCUGAAACAAAACCUUGUCUGAAGCCGGUUCACACUGGGGAUGUAGCUGGGCUUAGGGGACAAGAAUGCCAAAGAUUAACUCAUGGCUCCUGUUGAGGCUUCUUCUGCAGAAAUGAAGGCAGCAGAGGCUCUUUCCUGGCGAAGGUGCAGCUCAAGCUAGAAAAGGCUGAGCCCCGCUGUUUAUAAGAGAGGCAAGUAGGUAACGGAAGCAGAGCUCUGUGCAGGAGCUUCAGGGAUGUAAAUUGAGCGUGCGCUUGCUGACUCGGACCCAUUGUGUUUGCAGGACAAGGGUAAGACCUUGCACUUACUUGCAGGACAGUGGAGUCAGAGUUGAAGGAACCUUGGCGGUCAUCUGACUUCUCAUAUUGCAGGAUAAGUCAGUUGGGAAGAUGGCUCAGUUCGCCAGUCUUGUCAUCCCAUUAUGGAGCAGAUGCCUCCUGGCGAGCGUGAAGGAGGCCCUGGUGCUGUGGGGAAGUGUCAGAAAGUCACAGAAACCAGCCCAAAGCCACUGUCCCAGACCCCAGUAUCAGGGACUGUCUCGGUCACUCUGGUGAAAUAAAUCAAAGGUCAGAGUCAAGGCUUUGUAUUAGUCCAGACUGGGUAGUAUAUUCUCUAUUUUCAUUACUCUGAAAUGUAUCUGUAACCCAUAGCCGACAGUGGUAUGUUAACUUUUACCUUAUUUUCCUUCCACUAGUGAUUCUCAUUGAUGAGGAGUAAGUGUUUGAGCUGUUAUUUCCUGAGCUUACUUUUUAGAGUUGAUUCUCUAAGGAGAUAAUCAAGGCUACAGACAUGGAUCUUUUGGAACCUAUGAGAAAUACUAGGGCCAAGGCUGGCCGACAUACCUUAGAAGCUCUGAACGCAGUAAAAGUGUUUGAGGUUCUUUCUGGCAAACCAGCCCAAGUAGAAAAUGUGACUUGUCCCUGGUGCUGGAAUCAAUGAAUGAGGCCUCCCACCGUGGUGGUGGGGGUGGGGGUGUCACAGCUCAGGGGCCACCCAGCCCCCAGGGAUUGAGAUUUCAGCCAGCCUUUUGCCCAUUUGAGGCCCACCCUAGGUGAAGCACCUCAUCUGGAACCUUUUGUUUAAAGAAUUCUUAGACUGAUAGCAUGUCCAUCUGGGCUUUGCUUCUGGAUAAUCCGAGAGUGGGGGCAGGGAGAAGGGGUAGGGGGUGUAGUUGAAACAAUAAUUAUAUGGAUAAUGAGUGGAAUCAAUGAAGUGGUGAUGGGAAUGUGAAUUCAUUAUUCUUUCUAGUGUUACUGUGUAUUUUUGAAAAUUUCUCUAAUAAAGAGUUAAAAAACAAAGAAUGCCCCAGGUCCGCAGAGGGCCCUGUUUGCUAGAUUUUGUCCCCUUUUUGAAUAUUGGUAGAUUAUUAUGGGAGGCGUGGAUUUGAGGUGGUGGGACUUGUAAACUUUGAAUAAGCCCUUCUUGGCUGACCUGUCAGAAUAAAACAUAUUGCUUAUAAAA